GGCAGGAAGUGACAGGAAGACCCAAGUGAUGUCUGAGUGUUUGUUAUGAAGAGUGCUCAUCAAGUUUGGGUGGAGCACUUCGCUGUAUCCCUUUGACGGAGAGGACAGAGGUGUUUUGUGUGUGUGUGUUUUUCAAUCUGGUAUCCAGGCUAUAAUGGCGAAGAAUUGCAAUUCUUUAGGGAUUCCUCUUGCCCACAUGAGUCAGGCAGUGUCAGAUGGAGAGCUGAACAUGACUGCGCGGGGCUGCGGAGGCAGCAGCUCCAGCCUCCCAGGGACCCCAGGAGGGGACGUCAACUCCGCCAACAGUGUCCUGAGUUGGGCCGUCUCUUUUGAGAAGCUGUUAGAAGACCCCCAUGGGGUCUGUUACUUUACGGCCUUCUUGAAGUCCGAAGUGAGUGCAGAGAACAUUUUAUUCUGGCAAGAAUGUGAAAAGUUCAGGAAGAUUCCAGCCACAUCUUUGGAUCAGUUGAAAGCAGCAGCUCGCUCCAUCUACGACACUUACCUGUCUAACAGCGCUCCCUACAGUGUGAACAUCGAUGACACUGCCAAGACGGAGGAGAAGGAUCUGGAGCAACCCACUCCUGACAUGUUUAACAAAUCUCAGGCUCAGAUUUUUAAAUUGAUGAAGAUGGACAGCUACCGGCGCUUUGUGCGCUCUCCUCUCUAUCAGCGAUGCACCUUGGCAAGCGUAGAAGGUAAACAUCUACCUCAGCUCUCGACAGAGCCUGUCCGCAUGAGGUCAUUGGACGACGUGGCCAACAAGAGCCCCUCAAGUGACAAGAAGAACAGAAAGACUGACUCCAAUAGUCUACCAAGUGGUACUAGUGUCUCAGAGAAACAGCGGCAGAAAAGAGGAUCCUGGGGAGAUCCAUCAAACGGCUCAGGUCCUCUGAAACAGUCAAAUAUGUCAAUCAAAUCAACCAGCAGUGUGGAGCUUGGCUCCCUCUGCAGACAGAUGGAGAACGGUCGGCCGGGUCCCAUCUCCCGCGAUCAGGCUGCUGGCAUCGGGAGCCGUAUUGGGGUGGAGGGGGGUUACUGCUGUGUCUACCUGCCUGACGGCAGCGCCUCCUUGGCCCCUACACGUAAUGGGCAGCCCAUCAAGGACAUGCUGGCCAGCCUGUGUGAGAAAAGGGGCUUCCCAUUAAAAGAUGUCAUGAUUUAUCUUCAUGGCAAGGACAAGCCCUUGUCGCUGGACCAAGACUGCUCCGUGCUGAGAGAUCAACAGGUCUCUCUUGAGCUCAGGGUGACAUUUGCGUUGGAGAAUGCCUUUACUGGUAAAACAGUGGGAAUCAUGGCGAAGUCCAGUAAAACACUGCAGGACGCUCUCUGUUCAGUGAUGCAAAAGUACCAUCUAAAGCCGCAAGAGACAGCGGUAACUAUGGUUGGAAGUGACGAGCCUGUGAACCUGAACUGCUCUGUGUUCAGACUAGCCAAUAAGACGCUGCGGUUGGAAAAAGCCAAAGGUAAAGAGCAGACCAUUAUUCCCAGAGGAGGGAAUUCUUCUCCUAUUGCACAGGCAGGAGGAGGCCUGGAGCCUCGAUCAUCGACUCAGACCGACAGAGUCAGGACGCAGCUCAGACCCAAUAAGAACCGCGACAUGGACGGAUUUCUGGACAUGCUGACAAAAGCUCAGUGCUGCAGAGUAGAUGACCAGCGAGGCCUUCUGACCAAAGAGCAGCUAGAGAUCCCUUCAUUCCUGCAGCUUUCUUCAAACCAGGGACAGAAUACAGACAAUUCCAGUCCAACCAGCGCUUCCACUACCGACUCCAAAACAGAGUCGGGGGACAAUGCAGAUGCUGCGGCUGCAGCUCCGGCUUCGGUUUCGGCUGCGGCUGCAGCUCCGACUUCGGCUGCAGCUCCUGCUCCGGCUUCGGUUUCGGAUCCAGCUGCGGCUCCGGCUCCGGCUUCGGCUCUGGCUCCAGCCAAUAAAUCUCAAGAAAGUUCUGAUGCUCCUAAAUCUGAAUCUAAAGACUUGAGGGAAACAACAGUUUGACGCAGAAUUGCGUGGAAAGACAAAGUCUUAAAACCCAGUUGAAUAUCUAACAGAAAUGUGAUCUGAUUUAUGUAAAAAGAUAGUUGUUGGUCCAGAUGCACUUUCUUUAAUGAAUAAGCUCAUACUCGGCAGUAUUUUCUUUGGCCUCUGCCUUUGAUCAAAUAGGAUUUUGAAGGCAAAUCUAUAUGGGUGAAAACAUUAUGGCAAACAUUUGUCUAAUUUUUAAAACACUACAGAUCUUCAUUGGAGAAUGUUUGCUACGAAUCUAUACUGCACCCAUAAAUGCAUAAAACGUUUGACCUUAAAACCCUGAAAUAUGUUGUACAGAUGAAUUCACCCUCGAACCUGCAGUUAUGUUUUAAUGUUAACUCUAAAGCAUAAGUGUAUAUCUGCAGAGGAAGCAUGGACUGUCUGAGAAGCCCUUUUAAACGUGCCUUGCAUGUCUGUGUCUUAUGAUUUCUAAAUAUUUUAUGAAGAUUAGCUUUUAUUACUUGAAAUAUGUUUUCCUGUGUGGGCACUUGUUUCUUUGAAAUGUAUGUUUUGCAUGGUUUGUUGUGAAGGCACUUUGUGAAGCUCUGGUCAUGUCUCGUUCCCUCCCACUUCCGACGGCAUUUCAGGAUCCCUAAAUUGUUAUUGGGGUGACAGAUUCAGUGUUAUGUUACCUAGCAAAACUUUUAACCAACUCUGUUAAUUUGUUUGCUAUGAAAGGCGUUUUAUUUUUCAAUAAAUCCGAGGUCUGUUUCU